GUGAACACAACAAACACGGACAGGUCGGAGUCUUGGUGGCGUCUGAGGCCAAAGUGGAUGGCGUUGAGACGGCCCUGAGUGCGGGCGUGGAACACGAGCACAGCCACGAGCAGCUCCACGCCUGCAUCGGGGUCUCUCUGGUCCUGGGCUUCGUCUUCAUGCUGCUGGUGGAUCAGAUCGGCAGCUCUCACGUGCACAGUAGUACUGAAGAUCCAGAGUCCGCAAGAGUCGCCUCCUCCAAAAUCACCACCACCCUGGGUCUCGUGGUCCACGCUGCAGCUGACGGUGUGGCGUUAGGAGCCGCCGCCUCCACCUCUCAGACCAGCGUUCAGCUCAUCGUCUUUGUGGCCAUCAUGCUGCAUAAGGCUCCUGCAGCGUUCGGCCUCGUGUCGUUCCUGAUGCAUGCUGGUCUGGAGAGAAAUCGCAUCCGCAAACAUCUCCUGGUCUUCGCCUUGGCAGCGCCCGUCCUCGCCAUGCUCACCUUCGUAGGCCUCAGUCAGAGCAGUAAGGAGGCCCUGUCCGACAUCAACGCCACCGGUGUGGCCAUGCUCUUCUCCGCCGGCACCUUCCUCUACGUGGCCACCGUCCAUGUCCUCCCUGAGGUGGGCGGCGGGGGCGGCCACAGCCACGCCCCUAAUGGAGGGAACGGGGGCAAAGGACUGAGCAAGCUGGAGGUGGGAGCGCUGGUGCUGGGCUGCCUCAUUCCUCUGGUGCUGUCCGUCGGUCACCACCACUAAGACGUGGCGCUCGGGGCGGAUGAACAACGACGGCUGUACAGAGAAAACACAAAGAGAGAGAGAGAGGGAGAGAUUAAAGAUGGAGGGAUCUAAACGUCUUACUGUUAGUGUCUGCUGGUGGACCUCGACGACCUGGAAACAGACUGAAUGAUGUCACAGGAAGUCCGAGCCGCUGCAGUGACAUCAGAGCAGGAGCUGAUGUUUCUGAUCUGCUCAGCUCCUCCUGUUUGUGUCCAUUUAUUCCACAUAAACCUUUUUUAGAGACGGAUCUGUUUAUUUACAUCACCGCGGAGUUCCAGCGUCAUCGUGCUCGACGGAUCUCUGCACAGCGGUGACAGUUGCACAGCUGAGAUUGAGACGGUCUUGAUUUAAGAGAGUUUAAGAGAACUUUUUUUUAUGUAUCUUACAGCGGUUAAAUGUCUUAGCAGCGAUCCACAGUGAUUUGAACUGAUUGUCAAGUGCCAUAUUAACAAAGUGAGACCUGGAGGAGAGAGCGCCACAGUUUGACAGAAACACUCCCGACUCAUCACAUUCUGUUUCUUCUUCUGGCUGCAGGAUCAGAAAUCAGCCAGACGCCAUGAGCUCACAUUUGUUUGGCAUGUGAGUCAGAAUAUAUCCAUGUUGAUCAUCAGUUUGUGGUCUGAACAGGAGGGAGAGCUCGUGUAGUCUCUCUCCUCUUCAAACGCUCGAUGUUUGGGGACUCGUCGUCUUUCUAAAUGUGCUUCUUUCUCUUUGUUACAUGCAGGUUAAUCAUUAGACUGGAGGAUGAAUCGUUAGGUGAUCAUGUAAAGUGUUUAUAAGCUUCUAAUUUUUUUUUUUUUAAAGGUGGAUGGUAGUUCAGCAGCUCUGAUUGGACCAAAUGAGGCGUUAACUGAACAGAAACAUUUUGGGAACAUCGGCUCAGAGUUACAGGAUUAUUAAGUCAAACGUUCAACAAACCUAAUAGUCUUUUCUCGUUUAUUUAUCCCUCAUUAAUUAGUCGUACCCGAGCAGUAACUCCAAGCACGGACGCUCUUGAACGAAUCCCCUCCCACCAUGCCUCGUCCUCCAGGUGGAUGAAUGGAGGUGUAAUCAGGCCGCUGUAGUGAGUGUUCCUGUUUGACUGUGCAGCUCCCUGCAGACUGUAAAUGUUUGUACUGUACAGAGUCACUUCUUUUCACGCUCAUCAUGAUCGCUCUGUGUGUCGGACAGAACCGCUGACUCACACAGGCUUUGUUUGAUCGUGACUCUUUGGACCCUGAUGGACUCUUCUCUGAGGCUGCAGACUCUCAUGUAUGAGUCAAACACUUGUGCUCCACGCCUGAGGACCUCCCCUGUUCCUCUGUGAGACGGAGAACGGGUACAGAGGAGUGGGCCGCAUGCAGACCAGCAGCUGCAUGAGCUUUUUUCUUUUUUUUUCUUUUUUUUAUGAGAAGCUGUAAGUUUGUAUAAAAGUAAAAAGAAAAGUUUCUGUGCAGUCGGACAUGUUAGAGGACGGCCCCAGUAUGUGCAUCGUUAUCAAAUCCCUGCUGAGAUCUGUCAUCGAUAAGUUCAGUGUCAACAAACCUUUGAACACUUUUCGACCUCGAGACGCCAAAAAACAAACAAACCGAGGCAUUGUUUUUGAACGGCCUCCAAAAAACCCUACUCAAAUCACUUACUGGGGUGAUGUCAUUACAUACUGGGGUGAUGUCGUCACUUACAGGGGUGAUCUCAUCACAUACCAUACUGGGGUGAUGUCAUUACAUACUGGGGUGAUGUCGUCACAUUCCGGAGUGAUGUCGUCACAUACCAUACUGGGGUGAUGUCGUCACAUACCGGGGUGAUGUCGUCACAUACCGGGGUGAUGUCGUCACAUACCGGGUGAUGUCGUCACAUACCGGGGUGAUGUCAUUACAUACUGGGGUGAUGUCGUCACUUACCAUACCGGGGUGAUGUCGUCACAUUCCGGGGUGAUGUCAUUACAUACUGGGGUGAUGUCGUCACUUACCAUACCGGGGUGAUGUCGUCACAUUCCGGAGUGAUGUCGUCACAUACCGGAGUGAUGUCGUCACAUACCGGGGUGAUGUCGUCACAUUCCGGGGUGAUGUCAUUACAUACUGGGGUGAUGUCAUUACAUACUGGGGUGAUGUCGUCACAUUCCGGAGUGAUGUCGUCACAUACCAUACUGGGGUGAUGUCGUCACAUACCGGGGUGAUGUCGUCACAUACCGGGGUGAUGUCGUCACAUACCGGGGUGAUGUCGUCACAUUCCGGGGUGAUGUCAUUACAUACUGGGGUGAUGUCGUCACUUACCAUACCGGGGUGAUGUCGUCACAUUCCGGGGUGAUGUCAUUACAUACUGGGGUGAUGUCGUCACUUACCAUACCGGGGUGAUGUCGUCACAUUCCGGGGUGAUGUCAUUACAUACUGGGGUGAUGUCGUCACUUACCAUACCGGGGUGAUGUCGUCACAUUCCGGAGUGAUGUCGUCACUUACCAUACCGGGGUGAUGUCGUCACAUUCCGGAGUGAUGUCGUCACAUUCCGGGGUGAUGUCAUUACAUACUGGGGUGAUGUUGUCACUUACCAUACCGGGGUGAUGUCGUCACAUUCCGGGGUGAUGUCAUCACAUUCCGGGGUGAUGUCGUCACAUACCAUACCGGGGUGAUGUCGUCACAUUCCGGGGUGAUGUCGUCACAUUCCGGGGUGAUGUCGUCACAUUCUGGGGUGAUGUCAUCACAUACUGGGGUGAUGUCGUCACUUACCAUACCGGGGUGAUGUCGUCACAUUCCGGGGUGAUGUCAUCACAUACCGGGGUGAUGUCAUCACAUACCGGAAUGAUGUCGUCACAUACCGGGGUGAUGUCGUCACAUUCCGGGGUGAUGUCGUCACAUUCCGGGGUGAUGUCGUCACAUACCGGGGUGAUGUCGUCACAUUCCGGGGUGAUGUCGUCACAUUCUGGGGCUGUUGUAACUUUCCGUCUUUUAUUUUUUACUUUCUGUCAUUCCAGGUCGAGUCUGCCUUAUUUCCAAACGUUCUGAUUGUGGGGAGAAGUUGUAAAGCGGCGUGUUUUAUGACGACUAAAUUAAAGUUUUUUUAAAACUGGUGAAAA